UCGGCGACAACACCACCUCAACCUACAGGGACAGCUGGAGACCAAUGCAGUCAUUCAGCUUUAAGGGACUUUACAAUGCAAUGGUCAACACCACAACGUUUCUCUUGGUUGAGACUGAUCUUCAAACAAGGAGUUCCAGAUUCUAUCGACGACCUGAAGAUCGUUUUUCGUCACUCACAAAACACCAACUGUCAGAAUAGAAAGAUGGCAGUAGUGAAUGACAGGACGAUUGACAUUCACUGUGACACAUGUCAGUUCCAAGAGCUUGUGUUCUCUGGGGCAGCAUUGGUGGAUCUGUGUAGAGUGCACAUCAGUGGAGGGCGAAACGUGGCCCUCAAGCAGCCGACAUCACAAAGAAGCAACUACUCCGACAACGUGUGUAACGAAAUGUGUUCCCUGUCGGGGAACGCUGUAGACGGGAACACAGACAGUAACUUGUACAGUCGGAGCUGUACUCACACGGACAUCAGAGAGGCACGUCCAUGGUGGAGGCUCGAGUUUACUCACCCCAAGGUCGUGACCAAGGUCGCGUUAUACAACAGACAUCGUAAGUUGGUUGUCUGGUGUGGUGGUGGCUCCGUGGUCGUGAGGUUGUUGUGA